UUUGGUUGUUGCAGAAGUAAAAUUACCAAAACAAGAAUAGUGUCGUCUCGUCGUCCUUUCCAACUUUGUCAACUCGGAUAAAAAAGUAGAUGGCAACGUUAGAAAACAAGCGAGUUUGUCUUGCAAGUAGACCAGGAUUAAAAAAGUUUCAGUCUACCUGCCUCGAAAUUCACUUCACCGAGGCUAACACUACUCAUGCUACACAACACAUGUGCUGAUGGUGUUCCUUCUAUUGAAAACUUCAGGGUUGAAAACUGUGAGGUGCCAAUUCUUGAAGAAGGACAAAUUCUCGUCAAGACACUUUGUUUGUCUGCAGAUCCAUAUAUGAGGUGUAGAAUGAACCUCGACACUGGAACAGACUACAUAUCACCAUGGAGACUAGAUACAACAAUAGAUGGUGGAGGGGUGGGUGUGGUGGUGAAGAGUAACAAUCCGGGUUACAGAAAGGGAGACAUUCUGGAAGGUUUUCAUUGGCCUUGGCAGUUAUACUCUGGUCUAGACGUACAGGGUUUCAACUGCUUGAUUGUCAAUAAGGUUGAUGUUGGUUUGGUCAGGAAGCACUGGUCCUUAAUGUUGGGAUUGUUUGGAUUAUCUGGUAUAACUGCAUACCUUGGUAUCAAAGAGAAGGGACAUGUGGUACCAGACGGUGAUCAGACGUUUGUAGUGAGUGCUGCGGCUGGCUCAUGUGGAUCUCUUGCAGGGCAGAUAGCCAGAUUAGAGGGCUGCAGUAACGUUGUCGGUAUCUGCGGCUCGGAUGAGAAAUGUUCUUACAUCACUGAGGAGCUUGGAUUCAAUCAUGCCAUCAAUUACAAGACGGAGAACGUUGUAGAGAGACUGCGAGAGUGUUGCCCGGGAGGUAUCAACGUUUAUUUUGAUAACGUUGGGGGCACUGUCAGCGAUGAUGUCAUUCAGCAGAUGACUGCUGACUCCCACAUCAUCUUAUGUGGCCAGAUCUCGGUUUAUAACAAAGACGUUCCGUACCCUCCACCUCUUCCAGUCGAGACUGAGAGAACCUUAGAAGAGAAGAACAUCACAAGGGAUCGUUUCUUGGUUCUCAACUAUGUAGAUAAGUUUGCUAAAGCUGUUGAGAUACUCUGUGGUUGGUACAGGAAAGGACAAAUCAAGAUCAAAGAGACUGUGGCUGAAGGACUUGAGAAUGCUCCUCAUGCUUUCGUAUCCAUGAUGUCUGGAGGAAACAUCGGCAAACAAAUAGUUCAUGUCUCUGACCUUUGACCCUAACAUAAUGAACCAAUAAAGGCAGAUUCAUAUCUCCUGCAAAUGCAGAGUGAAUUUUGUUGCCGCACUAAUCGGCAUGCACUGUUUUUCUGUUUGUGACGCAAGAAAACCUGCUUCACACUAAGUUGAGUACAUUCUCAUGAUUAUUUUGUAUAAGUUCAGAAAAGGCAGUUGAGUGCUGGUCAAUGCUGGGUUCUUAUAUAACACUUUAUCACACCCCUAGGGGCGUAUCAAAGCAUUCAUUAAUUGGUUUUCAACAUGAUAAGCAGAGCUAUGUUUUGAAUUAUGAGACCCACUUACAGCACCUUCUAAUGUGCUGUAGCCACUGCCAGAGAAACACGGGGGCGAAUCACCUUAUCUUCACGAUAAAGUGUAACUGGGUUAAUUAACAUGCAUUCCACAACACUCAGGUUGGGUGUCGGAUCCAAAGUCACUAGUGUUUAAGGUUGGGAUAGAGAACAAUUAUUUAUACAUGUACAACCCUUUACCUUAAUGUCUCAUCCUUGCAAAGUCCUGUGAAAUAUUUACUCCAAGAGAACAUUUGGAGUAGGGUAAUGCAAGAUAAUUUCAAAGUUAUUGUACUGCUUGUUGUUUUUUUCUUAGAAAAAUUGCAGCAAGUGUGAAACAAAAUGUGGUGAUGUUUGGGUUGCAAUUCCCUGAGGUUGUGGAGCGUGGGAAUCUGUUUUAUAGUGUGUGUACCAGUAUGAGUACCAGUUAAAACGCAGUGGACACUUUCGGUAAACAGUAUAUUGUCCAAGGCCCACACUUUGUGUAUCACAACUUCUAUAUCA